GCAGACUUGCAUACUUGUCAAGCUCUCGGCACCAAUCCCGAUGAAUUGCCAGGACGCAGGCCAAACCAAGAAUUUUAUUCAAAAUGCUCGUCCUUGCUCGUCGACUUGUCCCUUUGUAGUUUGGUAUCUUCUCUUUUGUUUGGGUGCUGGUACAGUGAUUGGGUGAAUGACGGACCUCGCUCAGCAUUCGUGCAGCCCAGAAAUAUCCUUGUCUCGUCUUUCCCGUUACCUCUUGCAAUUAUCCCCCGCUUCUCCCACACCAACACAGCUGAUUUGUGCUGCCUCAGGAUCUCACAAUCAACUAUCGCAGGGUCCAAAUAAUCCGAAUCCUCUCUUCUUGCUAUUUUCUUUCUCGACCUCGACGACAACUCCGACACGUAACCCACCCAUUGCUGCGAGCACUCGGCCCUGUGCGACGUGUGCCCUCCUCCUCCUCUUGACGAUCGAUAGAGUUGGGGCUCACCUUCACUCUCGACCCCGUCCAUUCACUUUCAACCCUGUCCCCGAACCACCUGCGAACGACCAGAGUCGACAGACAGUAACGCCGGCAACUUUCUCCACAGGGGCGCUUACCUUGCCCAUCACGACACACAGAGACAUCAGCAUCAAUCCUCAUGAUGUCUUGCUCAGUCACCACUUGCUAGUCUUGGGCUCCCUGCCGGACUGCUCUGCAGACGCUCUCUCGACACGCUUUCCAGCUUACGAUAACCGAUAACAAACGACGCGAAUGCCCUCAAUCGUGAUUCUGCUG